GCUGCUCGUUGUUUUUCGCCGCCUCUUCGGAACCCUGUGGAGCUCGAGGUGGCAGAGGGGAAAAUGUUCGCGGGUGACCAUGGGUACACAUACACGGCUAGAGGGGAGGACGCUACUGCUGAUGGAAUAACCACGCUGGUAUGGGACCCAUUCAACCUGAACCCUGACGUUCUGGCUGCCAUAGACAUUGCGGCCCAUGUCAUCCCUGAGGGGCAGUUGCAGCAGCAUGUGGCCCCUCAGAAGUAUGGAUAUCGUGUGAAUUGGGUCCCAGGAUGUCUGCAGCCGGCAACAGUUGAUGGCAAGAUGACCAUGGCAGCGAAACUGCAGACAGGCCAUUGGCUGCCCUUGGGGUGGAUGCAUGCGGGCAUGGUGGAGCAGUGGCAGUUCCUGGUGGUAGUGGCACGUGUCUCCAUUUUCAAUGCAGAUGUGAAGGACCACGUGCUGGUUGUGGAGCAUGCAAAGCGGUGCUGGGAGAAGAUAAGGGAGGAGGACCGUCAGAUGGUGUGCAUGGGUUACAACUCCAUGCCAGACCAGGGGAUAUGGUCCAUGGUUGAGGGGAGUCCUGGUGGGCAAGGGCAGGGCGAUGGCGAGAACAGGUACAUUUCUCACAUCCGCCGCAGGCAUGGUUGCUCCGCCCUUGUUGGUUGGGUCCCGGCCGUAUGUCGCAUGACAUACGAGCAAGGUGGAGAGAUGAUGAUGAGGUUCAGAGACCCGCUUGGUGUGCCGUUUCUGCUGAUGUACUCGGAUGGCCUCCUGCGAGACAUUCGGUAUAUGGUGGCCGAGGACACCCGAGGUGGACAUCGGAGGCCGGGACAGACGGAGGAGACGCGCCUGGGACAUCAGGACGGUUUGUCUGCUGAGGUGGAGGGCCCAUGUGGCGGUGAGCGAGUUGCAGGGUGCUAUGCAGCGCAGGGUGACGUGGCCGGGCCCAGCAAAACAGCGAUGUCCCACAGCCCGAGGAAGGUGAAGGCGGUUGUGUCGAGGCCGCGGAGGGGGCAGACGGCUGGUGACAAGCAAAAGAAGAACCCCCCGCCUGUGCCAUAGACCGGUAACAAUGCAGAUGAGCUUGCACGGGUCCACAGACGCCGCAGACACCCCGG